AUGGCAGAAAAAGUUACCGAUAACAAAACUGGCACAGACACCAGAGUGAGACCACGUGAGAAGGAGGUGGAAGGAUUUGGGAGCGAGUCCGUUCACCAGGGCCUGUUAACACAGGCACCCAACAGGCAAGAUUUCACACCUAUGGCCAGAUUACGUCACCGGUGCCCACACCACGGCACUCACUGGACAGCAGGCCCUGCGCUGCGGCCAAGGGAUGAGGGGAACGACGCAGCCGCCUGCAGUCACCACGAGGCCUCGCCUCCUCUCACAAACGCCUGUGACAUUACAGAUGCUAACCACAGAGGACUAAAAGCAGCACAUUUGCUUACUGUGAAGAAAUAUUCAGACCACAAGCACCGAAGAAUUUCUGGUAACUGCUGCAGAGCGCAGAAGGAGGAACACGCAUCUCAGCAAAUGCUGCACAAACAGCUGAGCCAACCAUACUGUGGUGGCAGGAAACACACACAAACGACACAGCAGCAGCUGGAACAGGAACCCCUGCAGCCAGCCCAAGGACGAAUUUACAGCCGAAAUGCACGUCUCGAGCUGUGGGAAACCUGCAGCCCACUCCGAGCCCAGGGGUCCCCGGCAUCCAGCGAGCGGAGUCGCAAGCUCGCUCCCAUCAGAGACCCUUUCUGCCUGCACCAGUUCAGGUAUGAACGUGGACACCAAAGCUGGGUGCAGUUCCCUUCUCAGCCGUCAGUACAACGGCAUACCCAACAUGAAGUAUUAAGAACUGAAACCGUGACAAGCAGUUAUGGCUACCAGAGCUGGGAGUGGGCACAGGGCUUAAGGGGCUACUCAUACCCGCUGAUCUUUGCGAGCAUCUACAAAGCCCUACAGCUGCUGGCUAAGGAUGACGUGCAGCUGCUGAUAUGGGUCCCUAGACUUGCACAGGCAGUGCUGGCAGCUUUUGCUGACGUGAAGCUUUACUCAUUAGUGCGACACCUUGAAAAUGCAGAAACAGCAAAGUGCGUGUACUUCUGCCAGCUCUGUUCCUGGUUUACAUGGUAUUGCUGUACCAGAACUCUAACAAACACCAUGGAAACUCUUCUUACCAUUUUUGCGCUUUCCUACUAUCCGAUAAAAGGUUCCAAGAUGGGCAGCAGUUGCAAAUAUUUAGCUUUGAUAGCACUUGCAAUUGUUAUUCGUCCCACCGCUGUUAUCCCAUGGAUACCUUUGGUCUUCACUCAUUUUUUGCAAGAACAGAGGAAAGCAGACCUUAUCCUACACAACUGCAUUCCAGUUGGAUUGGUCACAGUAGGAGCCUCUUUAAUAAUUGACCGUGUGUUUUUUGGUGAGUGGGUACUGGUUCAGCUGAACUUCUUGAAAUUCAACGGGCUGCAGAAUUUGGGAACAUUUUAUGGAUCUCAUCCUUGGCACUGGUACUUCACUCAGGGACUACCAGUCAUCUUGGGUACCCAUCUGCCUUUCUUUAUUCAUGGCUGUGUGCUGGCACCAAAAAGGUAUCGCAUCUUUCUAAUGGCAGUGAUUUGGACAGUGGUGGUAUACAGCAUGCUGAGCCAUAAAGAAUUCAGGUUCAUUUAUCCAGUACUGCCAUUUUGCAUGUUUUUUUGUGGAUAUUCUUUGAAACACCUGAAAGCAUGGAAGAAAUCUGCAGCAAGUUUCCUGCUUUUAUCAAACUUACUCCCAGCCCUGUAUACAGGAUUGAUUCACCAGCGAGGCUCCCUUGAUGUUAUGAAUCACAUACAGCAACUCUGCAAUACCUCUUACCAGUCACAAGCUUUUGUCUUCUUCAUGAUGCCGUGCCACUCUACUCCAUUUUACAGUCAUGUCCACUGUCCUAUAAAAAUGAGAUUCCUUCAGUGUCCCCCAGACCUAACUGGAAAUGAGAGCUAUAUUGAUGAAGCAGAUGUAUUUUACUCUGAUCCACUUGGCUGGCUUACUAAGGAGUUCUACAAUGAUACAUUAUUACCCAGUCACUUGAUCUUCUUCAGUGUGCUAGAACAGGAAAUAUCAUCAUUUCUGGCUUUAAGAGGCUACGAGAAAACGGCCACUGUCUUUCACACUCAUGUACCUCAAGGACGAGUUGGAAGCCACAUCUAUGUCUACAGGAGAAAACCUGAAAUGAAUCAUACCUGAAGAUCAGUUUCUAGACUUAAGACCUAAUGAGAUCAGUUUUGCACAGCAGUACUAUGCUUGGAAGAUCUUGUACUGCAGAAGGGAGAGAGUAGCGAGUCUGAAACCGGGUAAGUCAAACGGGGAAGUCUGAUU